AUAGACUUAUUUGUCAAUUUAUCUGUAAAAAUAAAUUGGAUCUUUCAAAACUCUCUCGUCAGCGCCCGUCACCAAUCCACCAACCGCCAUGGCAAUAGCAGUCCAGUCCACAAGGACUUGUUGAGAGUACAGUCGUACCGUACUAACUGUGUUGUCUUUUCUUGUCUUGUCUUGUCGAGUAAGGCACAAUGGGUUCCGAUGCUAAUGCUGAUGACGAUGAUGACGGUGAUGACGGUGAGAGAAGGGAAGAAGAACUCGAAGCUUUGUUUGCCGUGUACGGAGACAAGUUGGUGUUGGGCGAUCUCAACGAUGAUGAAUUGUCCAAGCAUCGCAAUGGUCCCUGGAAGAUUCGCGUGGCGAACAAGGUGACUCUGGAGCUGUUGCUGCCAGUACACUAUCCUAGUCGAGAAGCUCCCACUCCACGCAUCCAUGCUCCCUAUCACAUUCUCAAUGCCACAGACGCACGCGCCAUGCAACAAGAACUAAUAGACAUGUACUCUCCAGACACAGAAGUCGCCAUUUUGUGGGCUGAGCAUUGUCGAACGGCUCUUCAAUUGGACGACGAGCAAUUUGAACUGGACGUGGAAACUGAAGUUGAAAAUGAAGAAGAAAAUCCACCCAACAAUUCUGCAGCAGCGGAAGGCACUCGCGCAUUCUAUCCAUCCAGUGCCAAAUUUGGACAAACCAUUCGGAGAUUUGACACGUCAACCGUCCUCAAUGACAAAAAUCAAAGAACCAUUUUUCACGGAGCUCCAUUUCAUCCUCCCAAGUCAGGACCGGCCGAAUUGUUCAUUGCCCACGUCGCAUCGGUAGAAAGCAUGGCUCAUGUGGAGUGGGUGUUGGCUGAAUUGCUUUUCAACGACAAAAAAGUAGCUAAAGCAUCUCACAAUAUGAUGGCCUAUCGAUUUGUCGAAGCUUCCACGGGAUGCGAAGUCAGUGACAAUGACGAUGAUGGAGAAAAGGGAAGUGGCGCCAAACUAGCCGCUCUACUCGAUUUGUCAAAUGCAAAUAAUGUCAUUGUCGUCGUGUCACGAUGGUACGGAGGCGUGCAUUUGGGACCGGCCAGAUUCAAAUACAUUGCCAGUACAGCAAGAGACGUUUUGGAGGAACAUGGAUUCUUGCCGAAAAAGAAAUGAAUCGAAUCGAAAUGAAUGAAAUGCAAUUGGCAUGCACAGUACUUUCAAACAGUUGCAGCUCCACAUCAACCUCAAAGCGGGACAGUUGGAGCGGUUCAAGUCCACCAAGUAUCCACUUCAACAAGUGAAGCCCGUUUUGCUGUUCUCCAAUAAGUCGCUUGGAGAAAACAGUUCAUCCAUCGAGGUCUACCUCAGCUCCAACAUGAGGAUGCAACAUGCUAAAACCAGCUGGCUUUGGGGCGCAUUGAAUAAGUUUGGUCAAAUUGGUUCGCAACGUUUUGGGGGCCUCUUGAACCCAUUCCUCCAUGUCAAUUGUACCAUUGCCGUCAGUGUCCGCUCGCUUGAAGAUUCCUUGCACCUGCUUCUCUUGCAGCCACUCAAAACCCAACGAUUGAAACGCCGCUUGGAGUUCAUCCUUGCUAAUGGUCCCGUCAUUGUUCGCGUCUGCUACUCGAAAGAGGGCUCGCAGGACGGCGUCUCCAAAACGGGAAUCCGAAGUAUCCACAAAGCUACCAAUGACGUUGGAAUGCACUGAAAUUGCCUUGCCACGGAGUUUAUUGAGGUUUUCAUCGCCCAUCACCUCCUUCAUGAAAACCACCAAUGGAGAAAAGACUCCUUCCUUGUGAUUAUUCUUCGGUGCGGCCUUCUUGGGGGCUGGGGUCUUUGCAGCCUUUUCUGCUGCUGACUCGGUCGCCUCCUGAGCUGUUGCUUGUGUCACAAUUGGUUCCGCACUGGCAACGGUCUCUUCCUCUGCCUUCGUUCCAACCUCCGCAGUAAGCUGGGAUUCGUAGAGUCUUGUCGCUGAUGUUCUAGGUGAUGGAACAAUUCUUGGAAAGGAAGAAUGCUGCACGUUCAGUGUACCGAUAGACGGAGUGAAUGCCGCACUGGUUGCCAACAUGACGGCCACGGUCAGGACUUGUGUGGUGAAACGAACCAUUGUAUUAUCUUCAAAGUUUCUCUGCUAUUUCUUGUUGGAGUGUCAACUCUAUCGUCUUUAAUUUGUGUACAAUAAGAGAACUGAACUAGCCAGUGAGCUAGAAUGCAAUUUGCUCU